CACCUUAGAGACCAACUUGAUUUUCAGGGUAUGAGCUUUCGAGAGUCAAAGCUCGAAAGGCAACGAGACUGAAGAUGACCAACUUUUGCUCCGACUUGGUUUUGCACAGGAGAGUCUUCCAAAUUGCCAUCUUUGCGGGCUUGGGUGGAACCUUCUUGGUCGGGUUUCAACUCUCUGUGAUCAGCUUUACAUCUCCGUUUGUCAAGAAGUUUAUCAAUGAGACCUGGCUGGAGAGAUACAACGUUCCUAUCGAUGACCAGAGCCUCACCGUCCUGUGGUCCGUCAUUGUUUCCAUCUUCAGCAUCGGAGGAGUCAUAGGAUCUGGUCUUUCGGCAUAUCUGUCUUCAAAAUACAGGAAAAAGAACUGCCUCAUAGCAGGCAACCUCCUCAUCUUGGUAGCUGCGCUGAUCACGGGCACCAGUAAAACCGCAAAUGCUUUUGAGAUGAUUCUGCUCGGGCGGUUCUUGUAUGGUUUGAGUGGAGGGUUGACCAUUUGUAUCCAAGGUCAGUACUUGGGAGAAAUUUCCCCUAAGCGGUUCCGUGGACUGACCAAUGCCACUGCUGCUGUUCUUGCAACCCUGGGGAAGUUCCUAGGGCAACUGACAGGCCUGCGAGAACUAUUAGGGACAGAGUCCCUUUGGCCCCUUCUCUUGGCCACCACUGGAAUCGCAGGACUGCUGCAACUGAUUGCUCUCCCCUUCUUCCCCGAGACCCCAUCCUACCUGUUGAUCCAGAAAGGGGACUUAGAAGGCUGCCUGAAAGUGAUGAAGCAGCUCUGGGGCCAAGGGGACCACAAAGCAGAACUGGAUGACAUGCUGAAGGAGCAAGCAGCCAUGAAAAAAGUUAAAAUCAUGAACGUCCUGGAGCUCUUCAGAGACCGCACCAUCCGAUGUCAGGUAUACUUAAUGGUAGUACUAGGGGUUACAACAUCACUGAAUGGUGUCAACGCCAUCUAUUUCUACUCCUUUGAGGUGUUCCAUACGGCUGGGGUUGACCAGGAAAUCAUGCCCUACGCAAUUCUUGGAGUUGGAGCUUGGGACCUUUUUUCCACCAUCGUUUGCAUCUUUGUUAUCGAGCGUUUGGGCAGGCGUAAGCUGCUGCUGUGGGGAUAUGGUCUGAUGGCGCUCGUGUUGGCUCUUCUCACUGCCAGUUUCUCACUGCAAAAUCAUUUCUUCUGGUUACGAUACGGCAACGUGGCUCUCAUCUUUCUGUUCAUAGUUUUCUUCGGAACAGGGCCAGCCGGGGUAACAGUACCUGUAGUAGCAGAAAUCUUCACACAAUCUUCCAGGCCUGCUGCAAUAAUAAUCGUCACGAUUCUCUUCUGGAUAGGACAGUAUUUAGUUGGGAUAGCUUUUCCCCAUCUUAUUCGCUAUCUGGACAGCUUCUGUUUUCUGGUCUUUAUGGGCUUCAUUGCAAUCACUUGGAUCAUCCUCUUCCGAUACCUCCCAGAGACAAAAGGUAAAUCCCUCAUGGACAUCAAGAAGGAAUUCAACCGCUUCAAUAAAAGGCAGGGCACCGUGGACAAUAAUUCAUCUGAAGGACUUCACAACAUGCACAUGUUAGGAGGCCUGGAAGGAAGUGCUUAAUAUAGAAUAGAACUGAUUGUCAAAACUGAGGUGGGUAGUUAAAACUCUGAGGGAGAAUAUUAUGUUUAGGUUUGAUAUUCUCUCUCUCAAAGCAGCAUUUCAUAUUAGGAAAACUCUAUGAUCCAGCACUUUUUGGGUUGUGCCAGUCAAGGAACUGCAGGACUGAAUGCCUUGAGAAAAGAAGGAUGACAUGCUAGAUUUCUACAUACGAGGAGUUUUGGAAACAGCAUUCAAGCCACCGUUCCAAAUUAUAUGCGUCUUUUUAUCCAGGCUUUUAAUUUACGGGACUGAUUUCUAACAUUAUUGUUAGUUUUCUUUUUAGUUUGAAAAAUAUUCCUCUUAAUUAAGCUGCACAUUGAUUAAUGCUCUUUGUAUGCCCAGAUGAGUUUUUCAUAAUGGGAACUGUUAAUGUUUAUUGUGCCUCUUUUUAUUAUGUUUUAUUUUGUAAGCUGCCUCAAGCAGGUAACCUGGAGAGGUGGCACAGAAAUGUUCUGAAUGAACGAAUGAACAAAUGAACAAAGAAAGGAACGAAUGAACGAACAAACAAACGAACUGCUUUCCAAGGAACCUUUAUCACAUGACUUCUGAACACGUACCUCAAACCCUGCAUCUUUGUUAAACUCCCAAAGAAAAGCAAAGAUUUCUCUGGAACAGAGAUACAAGGAUCUGGAAACGAGGAGGGAAAAUUUAUACGAAGAAAAGAGAAAAACAUGUUCUUCCCACUUUUAGACUCUUUCGGGGGUUUUUUAGACUGACAAUAUGGGAUGUUUUAGGGGGCACUGAAAAAAUGAGUGGAAAAGCAAAGUGCUUUUCAAGUCACGUUCUCAAAGUGUAUAGCAUGAAAGAGACAAUGUAUUGCAUUGAUUGUAUUUCCUGCACAAACUGUUACAUGCACGCAACAUUUUCAAGGAUAUGCUUAUUGUUUAAAUGUGAUUAUUUUGGACAACAAUUAAUAUAUCGAAAUGUGUUUAACAAUACGUUAUUAAAGAGUUCAGUGUUUUUAAUGUUAUAAUUUUUCAAAAAUUAA